UAACGUAGCAAAAUGAAAGUUUUCGCCUUCUUCACUAUCGCUUUGGCUUUGGCCGCUCCAGCCUUGGGCAUAACUUUGAACCGCUGCUCUUUAGCGCGUGAGAUGUCUCGCUUAGGUGUGCCCAGGGAUCAAUUGGCGCGCUGGGCUUGCAUUGCUGAACACGAGAGCUCCUAUCGCACCGGUGUUACAGGCCCAACCAACUCCAACGGUUCCAACGAUUACGGUAUUUUCCAGAUCAACAACUACUACUGGUGCCAGCCUGCCAACGGUCGUUUCUCCUACAAUGAAUGCAAAUUGAGCUGUAAUGCUCUGUUGACCGAUGACAUUACCAACUCUGUGCGUUGUGCACGCAAAAUACUAGCACAACAGGGUUGGACUGCUUGGUCCACCUGGAAGUACUGCAGUGGUAGUCUGCCCAGCAUUGACUCAUGCUUUUAAGCUUUGAUAAACUGAUGUUGGCUUAAUAAUGAAUAAAAUUAAAAAGCUGAAAAGAAAAAAUAUA